AUGGUAGAUAAUGAAAAACGUGAAAAUUUGGCGAAUGCUCGUCGAAAAUUAAAAAAAUUUCGUGAUCAACACCAACCAAAUAACACUGAUACCAAUGGUAAUGAUCUUCAUUCAAUCAAUGGAGCAUCUAUUGAUUCUACUAUUAAUUACAAUGUUAUGUUGCCAACUAUAACUGACUUUGUUAAUGACCAGCAAACUAUACCUGAUGGAAUUCAUCAGAAUUUAUUGAAAUCGCCUGUCAUUGAACUAGAAGAACAAAAUCGUGAAUAUGGUUCGUUGAUUGAAAACCAAAAUCAGCAAAGAUCUCGUCUUGAAGAUCAACAACAGUUAAGUGGUACAAGUAAUAUGUCUGGUCGUUCGAGUCAAACUUCAGUUGAUGUUGAAGAAAAAUUGCGUCGUGAUAUAAAACAGUUACAAGAGCAGCUGGAAAUUCAUGUACAAACAAUUGGAAUCUUAGUAGCAGAAAAAACUGAUGUAUCAGCAAAAUUAACUCAAUCAUUCAAGCAACUUGAACGUAAACAAAGUGAAAUGGAUGAAUUAUAUGGACGUUUAAAAGCAUCACGUGAACGUGUACAAGAACUUGAAAAACAAAUCCAAUUUUCAACAUCAAAUGUGCAAAAACGAGAAAUGGCAGCUAAAGAAUCUGAUAAAGAAAAUGAUCGAUUAAAAAUCGAAAAUAUUCGACAAAGUCAAUUAAUUGAAGAUUUAAAACAAAAUAUCAGUGAACUUAAUGAAAAACUUCAUAAUCGACAAAUUACUGUUGAUCAGUUAAUUAAUGAACUAGAACAAUUAAAGAAACAAUCUCAAUCAACUAAUGACAUAUCAAUGACAGAACACGAAAUCAAUGAAUUACAACAAACAAUUCAACAUAAAAAUGAUCAAAUAGAAGAAAAUAAUAUUUUACAAAAUGAACAUGAUACAAUGAAAACAACUUAUGAAAUAAAAUUAUCUGAUCAUAGUUUUAUACUUAAUAAUGAUAAUCUUCAACAAGAAAAUGAUUUAUUUCGAAAUGCUAUUGACCAAUGGUCAAAUAGAUACGAAGAAUUAAAAUCAAAAUUAGAACAAAUGACUAAAUUAUUAACUGAAAAAGAUGAACUUAUUGUUGAACUUAAAACAAAUGUUAAUAACUCAAAAGAUCAACUAGAGAAAGAUCAAUUAAUUGAACUUGAUGAAAGAUUUAUUAAAAUAUCAAAUGAAAAUAUUACUCUAAAAACUCAAAUUGAAACAGUUGAAUAUAUAAAUAAACAAUUAAAUGAACGUGUUGAACAAAUUCAAUCAAAAUCAAAUCAUGAACAAGAAACUCAAACACAAGAACAACAAUCGAAUUCAUCGUUCUCAUUGGAUUCAAAUGAUAAUAAUCAAUCUCAGCAACAACUUUUUGAACAUUUAAAUGAAUCAAUACGUGAAAAUGCCGAUUUAAAAGAUCGUAUCCAACAUCUUGAACAUGUUAUUCUUCAAUUACAAAGUGAAACUGAAACAAUUGGUGAUUACAUUUAUUUAUAUCAACAACAACGCGAACAACUUCAAAAACGUUAUCAAGAAAAAGAUAUUUAUAUUAACCAAUUAACACAAGAUCGAUUUAAUUUACAGAAAAAAUUGUCAGAAUUAGAAAUAUUACUUGUCCAAAUUUUAAAAAUACCGAUUUCAAAUAUAACUCAAUCACAAGAAUUUAAUACUGAAAUACCAAUUAGACAAGAUGAUAUAACUUCAUCUACUCAAACAGAAUUAAGUAUAAAUAAUAAUCAACAAUUGGAAAUGACUGAUAAUGCAUCGUCAUCAAUCAUUAACCAAACAAUGUCGUUCAAUAGCGAUAAAACUACUGAUUCGAUACUAUUACCACAAAUAAGUGAUGAAACAAAAGCGCGUAUUUUUGCAUUAAUCAAGGAAUUAGGACAGAAUAAUAUAUCGCCAAUGCAAAAUGAAAAUUUAUCAACAAUUAAAUUGGCAUUUGUUGAUACAAAUCUUUAUAUUUGUUCAACAUGUUCAGGUCCUGUGCAGUCGGUGUAA